CCAAUCGUAAACAAACAACAUUUAGCCACGUGGUGCUCUAUCUCUUCUUUAUAAUUUACGAUCUAAUGUUUAAUUCAUGAUGGUUGUCACGUGACAGUUUGUUUCGUUGUUUUCUCAAUAAGAUCACCUGACUAAAUGUUGUUUGUUUACGAUUGGUGAAUGAGGUCCAUACGCAUUAAAAAACAGACGAAAGGAAGUGUUACUACAAUUGACUCUUCAGUCAACCUCUGUGUAUUAUUCGACUAGUGCGGCACAUAGCUUACCACCAGUAUUCAUAAAGAUACUUGACGAACAAAGAUUUAACUGAGUUUGACUUCAGGUAUAUAGAAAAUAUCAGUUCACUAGCCUAGCUUCACUAUUACACUGCUGACCUACUUGCUCUAACGGACACUAAAAUGGAGACAAAACCAAACACUCCUCCCGUCAUCCUAUCUACCCCUGACCCCAGCUACCCUAACCCUUGACCUAGCCUUGACGUCUGCUUCUGAUGCUCCCCUACCCAGUCAGUCUCUAUUAUUUUGUAUGUAGUUGUCUCCCCGCAGUUCUCCCCCCUUGUACAGAUAACUGACUUCUGCUCCAUCCAUGGGAUGUGUUUCUAACCGCUAACAAGGGCAGUAACAAACACACAACGAGUCUAGUUUCGGGUCAUGUUCACCGUAUUUGUCAUUUCCUUGACACUGUCAACAGUAGCGUCAGAGUUUCAACUCACCAUCUUACACACAAACGAUGUUCACGCCAGGAUUGAACAAACUGACAAAAACAGUGCACCUUGCACAUCAAAGGCGGCAGCCAGUGGGAAAUGUUUUGGUGGAGUAGCCAGACUACAAACUAAGGUCCAAGAAAUUCGAUCCAAAUAUCCUAAUGUCCUCUUGCUGGACGCUGGGGAUCAGUUUCAAGGGACACUUUGGUUUUACAAGUUUGGUGGAUUACCUGCUGCUACGUUUAUGAACAUCAUUCGCUAUGAUGCCAUGGCCAUUGGUAACCACGAGUUUGACACAAAAGUCGCAGGACUUGUUCCAUUCCUCAAAAAUGUCACAUUUCCAGUUGUAUCCAGCAAUAUGAAUCUCAGCAAAACUCCAGCGUUGCAAGGUCUGAUUAAACCGUCAACAGUGCUGGAGAUAGGCGGCCAGAAAGUUGGGGUUGUUGGAUACACGACACCGGAGACUGCAUUUAUCUCAUCUCCUGAGACUGUGAUAUUAACGGAUGAAAUUAGUGCCAUACAAGCGGAAGUAGACAAACUGAAAUCGCAGGGCAUUGACAAGAUCAUUGCGCUCGGACACUCGGGCUACGCGAUGGACUUAGAGAUUGCCAGACGUAUCAAAGAUGUGGAUAUCGUCGUUGGAGGCCACACCAAUACAUUUUUAUACAAUGGCACUGCACCUUCCAAUGAAAAGCCAGAAGGAGUGUACCCUACUGUGGUAGAAAACCAAGACAAAAGUCACAAAGUGUUGGUCAUUCAAGACUACGCCUAUGGGAAAUAUUUGGGCGAGCUUCACGUCACCUUUGAUGACCAAGGCAAAGUGACGUCAUGGAAUGGAAACCCUGUAUUGCUGGACAACUCAGUGCCACAAGACAGUGAAACGCUGGAGGUCAUCCAAUCUUACUUACCUGAGCUUGAACUGUUAAAGAACACAACCGUGGGACGAACUAACGUCGAUCUAAUGGCUGACAGACUUCAGUGUAGAACUCAAGAAUGCAACCUGGGCAACCUCCUCGCCGAUGCAUACAUGGCUGCCAACAUUUUCAUGCCCAGAGACGACUCUUGGAAUGAGGUCAGCAUGGCCGUAGUAAAUGCGGGAAGUUUUAGGGCGUCCAUUAAAACAGGUCCAAUCACUAUUGAGAGCGCCAUAUUUAUUCAUCCGUUCCGUAACACUUUGGACAUCAUUACUGUCAAGGGGCAGACAAUUAAAGACAUGUUUGAACUAGUGGCGUCAAAGUGGACCACAGAAAUCGGGGAACUGUACGGAGGAUUUCUCCAAGUGUCAGGCCUUCAGAUCCUCUACGAUAUGACCAGGCCCAAAGGUUCUAGAGUUGUUCAAAUCAAAGUGACCUGCACAAAAUGUUCAGUUCCCAAACUGGAAUUAUUAAACCUCAAAAAGGAAUACAAACUGAUUUGUAGCUCCUACAUCUACAAUGGCGGCGAUGGGUUCCAAAUGUUUCCAGCCAGCGUUCUCAAGAAACAGAUCAUAGGAAAAAUUGACACUGAUGUUUUCAUAGAUUACGUGAAAUCCCAUUCACCAAUUACAACUGGACUACAAGGCAGAAUACGUCACGUGCAAGAUCUAGACGAUAAAGAUCUAACUCCAUGUGAACAGAGACCUGCACGAGGUCUAGCAGUGAUUUGGCAGCCAUCUUUGUUUUUAAUAACGCUACCCACGUUGUGUAUAAUAGGAUUUUAUUUUCAUUUCGUUUCAUGGGCAUCUAUAGAUCAUAGAUAAAUGCACAUUAGAAUAGAUCUAUAAUAAAAUUCAGAGAAAAAGUGUUUAUAUGAUUCAUUCAAAUGUCAAAUACACUUGUGCCUAUGUAAAGGAUUACGGGAACCAACAUGUUGAAAUAAUUAUACUGGAAGCAGUGGCGUAGUCUUAACAAAGAGAGGGAAGCCGCCAUUGGCUCUGCAAUUUUGGAGGAGUCACAAAGAGUAGGCCUGUCAAAAGACUACAUAAAAUAUGUAACUCA